AUGGCGACUGCGGUUGUCCCCUCAAUGCCCGACGUCGUCGACCGCGCGCAGACGAGCUCGGUGGACGAGGACACGCCCCGGUUGACCCUCGGGCACCUGUUGCACCCUGAGCACUGGGAACUCCCGCACUGGAACGGGCCGCGUGCUCACGAGCUCGAGGGCAUCACAGAGAAGCUGGACGUCCUGGAUCAUUCGGUCGCACUACUCAAGCGGUACCGCAACAGCCUUCGCCCCAUCCACAAAUUAUCUCCCGACAUACUUGCCCUCAUCUUCCUUGAGCUCGUGGAUGAUGAGGACAACCCCCUCGGCGGGCAAUUCGGCGCGUUCUCAUGGACCUACCUCGCACACAUAUGCUACCGUUGGCGCGCCAUAGCGCUUGAUUGCGCCGCCCUAUGGACACAAUUGAGCACGCGCUACCCCGAAGCCGCGCUGACCUGCUUGGAACGCUCUGGCGACGCGCCACUGUCCUUCGUCGUCCACUACCGUGCUACCGUUAGCAAUGCGAAGGCGCUCAUCGACCGCGUCCGCCCGCAUAUGUACCGCAUGCGCCACCUUUACGUCCCGUGGACCGCCGUGAACGACGACAGUGGCAAUAUCACGGAGCUGCUCUCCUCCCUCCUCGACGCAGACGCGCCUCAGCUCGAGACAUUCUACGUGUACCGCUUCAGGGCCGACGGUGCUUGUUUCACGCUUCCGACCGUCUUUGGUGGCCACACGCCUCGCCUGCGCGUUCUGAAGCUGGCGUACUCCUGCCCCCACAUGGGCUGCGUUUCGUUCUCAAACCUGAGGGAGCUCUUCAUCCGAGGCAGGAAGCGCCACGCAAUCACCAUGGAGCUAGCACGCUUGCUAGAGAUGCUGGAAGCGUGUCCCUUGCUGGAAGUCCUCGUUACGGUCAAGUCGAGCUUCGUUAUCACGGAGCCCCUUGAGCUUGAACAGGACGGAGAGCCGCUCCGCCAAAUCCGACUCGACAACCUGCGGCGGCUCGACAUCUCGCGCUGCGCGGCGUCCGUUGCGGCGACCCUGCUUAGCCGGCUCAUCGUGCCGAACUGCCAGCUCUCCAUGAGUGUGUGGCUGGAGCGCGGGAGCGACUUCCGCUUCCUCUUCGGCGUGCCUGUCGACCUAUGCGCGGACCACCCGCUGCGCGACAUCCGCAAGCUGCAGGUCGCGUACCGUAGCUCGGGCUCGGCCGUCGUCCUGGACGGCAGCACGCGCGCGCACCCGUUCCAGAUCACGGCGACAAUCGGGCAGGGCAGCAACAUCGGGGACAUGCCGACAAUGUCGGGCCCGCUGCUGCUCUCAAUCGCGAAGACGCUCGACCUUUCGCUGCUCGAGGAGUUCACGAUCGCGGAGACGUCGUACUACCACCCACACGUCGGAUUCUCGAAGGAUCUCUGGGUGCAGGUGCUCGCGCGCAUGCCGAUCCUGCGCACGUUGCACAUCCGCCUCCAGAGCAUCACCGACAGCGGGUUCUGCAGAGUCGUGCUCUCCGCGCUGUCUGCUACGGAGGAGUUCACGGGCCGGAUCGUGUGCCCGAGUCUGGAGACGAUCACGCUCAUGGAAGACCGGACGUGGUCGUCGCUGCAGUGGUACAAGUUUGCGAAGGCGCGGAAGGAGCAGGGCCACCAGCUCCGCCGGCUGUCGCUGUGCUUGCCGCACUAUGAGAACGUGGAGGAUAUGGCGGAGACGGACCUGGCGGAGCUCAGGGAGGUGGUGGAGAAUGUCGAUCUCGACCCUCCGGAAACGCCUCAGGUCGAGUUCCCGGCUGCGGCGUGGUGA